AAAGAAAGGGAAUGAGCAAACAAGUCAGAUGAACCCCAUGUGUUUGUAGGGAGUGAGGUUUGUAAAGAAGGACUAAUACUUCAUUAGUCAUUUAUUUUUUUUUUCUUAAAACAUCACAUGUCCUUAUCCUAUGUGACAAACCAUGUCCUCUUUCUAGAAGAAAAAUUAGCAUCAGGUUCUAUACAUUGUUUCUCAUGUUGGACAAAAAGCUUUUCUCUAAAGUAGCUUUCCACAGCUCAACAGAACUAAAUUACCCCGUAAAGUCAGCCAAGUGUCUUCUCUGUGACCAAGUUUCCAGGGAGAAUCUUCAAGUGAGACGGGGUGGCAAGCCAACUUGUACUUCAAAUUAAAAAAGAAAAAUGGAGAAAGAAAUUCAGCUAAUGAGAAUUUCAGUGAUACUGAAAAUAUCCCACAUUUGCAAGGUACAGAAAUGCUUCUCAGGACUCAAACUUUCUUUUGAUACAAGUACUAAGCAGUUUCAGUUUAAACUUUCUUGCGCGGUUUUGAGAAAUCUUUCAACCAGCGCUUUCCAAGAGCACGGUCUCGUCAGACCUUGACAUUGCCGUUUCUGAUGAGCAACGAACGGUUCCCAUUCUCUCCCGUGCUGCUCACCGCUCCCCACGCGGUCGCUCUUGUGCUGGCCCCGCAGAGCAGCACAACAGAGGAGCCUCAUAUCUGCGUGCCACGUUUCAUCGAAUCUGCAAGCCAUCGGUUUUAAGAUACACAACUUAAGAAAUUAUAUUAUCGCAUUAAGAAAAAAAAGACACUACAAAGAAACGUGUACUGGAAUCCUGGGCGCACGGAGUAGGUUGAAAGCACCGCACACAUCUUUAAGACUAACAAAGUUGACAUCAACAUUUCUCAGAUGUACAAGGUAGCGAUGGGAAAAGUACGCGCACUAGGAAAUCCCAGGUGCGGGGCGGUCACCACCGGUCAGCGCACAGCGGAGCCACAGCUCUGGCUGCGCUCGCGCGGCGGUCCCGUCCCUAAGCCGGUUGGCUCCGCGGUCAGAAGCGCGGCUCCGCGCGCGGCGAGACCGCGCCGGCGCCCCGUCCGCGGGCGGCCCGCAGUUUCACUUUCCGUUCGGCAGAAACGAAAGCCGCGCGGCGGCGGGCGGGGCGCUCCUAUCGGCAGCGCGCCGGGCUCCGUGGACCCGGCGAGCGGAGCCGCUUCCGAGUGUCCCCAGCAGCGGGCUUGGCAGCGGAGGGUUGACGCUGUGGUGUGGCAACUGAGGCCCCGUUGGUUUACACAAUAUUGGAGAGACUUGCUGCCUUAACUCCUUGAUUCAGGUGCUGAUCAUGAAUGUGGGAUUCACCAAGAUACUGAAGAGGAUAACAGUGCCAAGGGGAGCGGAAGAGCAGAGGAGAAGUGUCCCCUUCCAGCUGCUUUUGCUGCUGGAGAAGAUGCAGGACAGCCGUCAGAAAGCUGUGCGACCCACUGAGCUUGCCUACUGUCUCCAGAAGUAUAAAAUACCAAUGUUCAUCCAGUAUGAUGCUGCUCAACUCUACCUCAUAGUCUGGAACCUAAUCAAGGAUCAGAUCCCUGAUGGGGACUUGGCAGAGAGGCUGCAGGCCCUGUACACAAUCCGGAUGACAGAGUCCUUGCUUUGCCUUGAAUGUACUGAGGAGAGCAGCAGAAACACUAGCAUGCUGACCCUUCCCCUUCCUGUUUUUGAUUUGGACUCAAAGCCCCUGAAAACACUGGAGGAUGCCCUCCGCUGCUUCUUCCAGCCCCGGGAACUACUGAGCAACAGCAGGUGCUUCUGUGAGAGGUGUGGGAGGAAGACUUGCAGGAAGCAGGUCUUAAAGCUCACCCAUUUGCCCCAGACCUUGACCAUCCACCUCAUGAGGUUCGCUACCAGGAAUUUGCAGACAGAAAAAAUCUGCCACUCACUCUGCUUUCCCCAGAGCUUGGAUUUGAACCAGGUCCUUCUGACUGAACAUGGCGUCUUCAGUGCUGAGGGACAGCUUGGAGGACAGUAUGAACUGUUUGCUGUGAUUGCCCAUGUGGGGAUAGCUGACUUUGGUCAUUACUGUGCCUAUAUCCAGAAUUCUGUGGAUGGAAAGUGGUUCUGCUUCAAUGACUCCAAUGUUUGUUGGGUAUCCUGGGAAGACAUCCAAUGUACCUAUGGAAAUAAUAACUACCGCUGGCGGGAAACUGCAUAUCUUCUGGUUUACAUGAAGACUGAGUGCUAAUGGAUGUUUCCUAAACCUUCAGGGACUGGCAGAGUAUCAUUUUCCCCUUUUACUCCUGGAUCUGCUGACUCUUCUAAGAGGUUUUGCAAUAAGGAGUAGCACUAUUUUUGAAUUGUAGAAUUAAACUUUAUUCAUACUCAUGGAUGAUUAUCAAAAUAUUUAACAGUGACCCCGCACAGGUCUUGGUCAGUGAGAAUGGACACUUCCUGCAGUGGGCCCUGGCCACAUGGCUGGAGUGGGGUCCUGAGGCUCACUGCUGUGGAAAGCACUGACCAUUUAUUUGGGAGGUUGUGGGAGUCAGGUGCGCCCAGGGGAGGAGAGGCUAGGCCAGCAAUAGUACUGGGAGGCCUUCAGGUGGCAAGGAGCAGCGCUAGGGAAGUAUUUCGAUAUUUUACAACCAGAGGUGAGUGUACUGGCUUGUACUGGUGGGAUAUCUGCCAGUUUCUGUUUCUUAAUUCUAAAAAUUGUAGAGCUGGUAUUCCAUGAAACUCAAGUGUUUUAUAUCAUCAUUCUUUUCUUUGAUAAAUGUGUAUUGGUCACUUUACCCUCCCUAAGAUAGUGUGCUAGGCACAAUAACGAAUAAAGUUCUUUCUCUCAAAAA